UCGAUCUUAUUUGCAAGAAUAACUUUACCCAAACACACGCACAGGAGAGAGAGAGAGAGAGAUGUCAUCGCACGGGAGCGAUCCACGUCAGCCAUCGGCGGCGAGACCAUACGUGGCGCCAACGGUAUCGCCGCAAGACCUGCCGAUUGAUUACGCGGGUUUCAUCGCCGUCAUAUUCGGCGUCGUGGGCGUCAUGUUCAGGUACAAACUGGGCUCUUGGCUGGCUCUCAUAUUUUGUGCACAAUCCAUAGCGAACAUGAGGAAUAUCGAAAACGAUCUCAAACAAGUUAUGAUGGCUAUGAUGUUUUCUUUAAUGGGAUUGAUAACGAACUACUUUGGACCUCCUAGACCCACCAAACAAAGUUGAGAUCCCACGAUAUUGAGGGUAAAUAACCUCGUUGUGGGAUUUUUCCGGGAAUUAACUACCAAACGUGAAAGGAAUUUCAAGAGUCGUU